AAAAUCAACUAUAGCAAAUAUCCAAACCGAAGUGUUAGUUUCUUUUUGGAGGCACUCACCGAUAUGAACUAUUUAAAAACAAAGCAAAUAUUUGACCAGUUUUCAGUAGAACCGGAUAUUUUUUUAGAGAUACUCGAUGACAGCAAAUUCGUUUUCAACAGAGAAUACGAUUUAAACACAUUUUGCUUUAAAGGUAUUUCAUGUAACGAACCAAUUCAAUUGCUUUACCAUAUACUCAACAAACCAAGACACUAUAAUAAUACCUUUAACAACACCGUAUAUCUGCUCCAUCGUAUCAUACUUCAAACUUCAGAUGUUACAAUCAAAAAGGUUUCAGAAAUUAAUUUCCUCUUGGAUCGUUACUCAAUGAAUCAAAGCGGUUUCCAUGAUUUCUUAACUACAUUCCUCCAUUUACACAUCAAAUCACCAAGACUAUCAAAAUAUAUUAUGACAAAAAUGAAUUUCUUUAAGGUUACACCAAGCUUUUAUAAAUAUUUAGAAAAUCAAUUUAGAGAACUCAAUGCUUGUAUAUCAUACGAUGACCCAGAGCAAAUGGCCUGUAUCAAGUUUUUCAGAAACUAUGUCAACGAUCAACACUUCCCAAUAAAGAAGAUAUUAAACUCAGAUGUUCAACAAUUGUUCUUUGCUCUCCAUGAUAGAUUAACGGUUCGAUAUAUUAUUGACCACCGAAAAACUAGAGAGGAAGAAGAGCUAAUUUACCACAAUGAUUUGGAAUAUCUAGUUGAUGUAUACGAUGUAGAUUCUCUCAAGAUCCUAUUAGUCCGAUACAAUUUUACCGAUGUCACAAAUAAAUCUUUAAAUACAAAAAUUAAAUCAAUUAUCGAUUUUAAUUUUUUAAAAAAUAUUAAAGAUGAAAAGUAUGAAAAUUUAAAAAAGAAAAAGAAACAAACAAAAUAAACUAAUUUAUAUAAUUAUAUAAAUUAUUGUUGUAGUAAU